AUGACUAAUAUCGAUGUUGUAAAUGUUGCCAUUGUAGUCGGUUCAUUGGCAAACGCCUGGGGUCUACUUCUUGAGUCGAGCACUGAGUAUUAUCCUGGACCGAUGGUUCGCUCUCUACUGUAUCAAAUACGUCAUCAUUGUAAACUUCAGCGUUGA